AUUGCUUGACCGGAAGUCGGUCCGCCGCAUUAACGCUCCCGCAGGAACAAGGAAAUUGAAAACAUUUAGCAGCGGCUGCUGUGAACAAGCCCCACCUCUGCAGGUGGAUGUGAGCCGCAGUACACUGGAAAGAGGGUCCAGUGUAUCCAGGCGUUAUUACGAUACAACGGGCAACAACAUGGGACUGCUGUCUGACCCCAACAGAAGACGGGCUUUGAUCAGCCUGCUAACCCGCCUCAAUGCCCCAAUCUGUGUUCUCUGCUACAUGGCGGGUGUGGCCUGGUUCAUGGGGUUAGCAUUUGAGCCGUUCACUCUGCGGACAUACAUGUCAGAGAAUGCCAUGGGGUCUACAAUGGUGGAGGAGCGCUUUCCAGCAGGGGAGAGGGCGCUGGCCACGGGCAGAGAGUUUUCAGCUCAUAAGAAGAAAGCAGGUGGGAUGCCAGUGGAUUGGCUGGUGAAGACUAUGCAGGCUCGAGGGCUGGAGGUGUUUACCCAGAGCUUCUCUCGCACGCUGCCCUUCCCUGAUGAAAACAAAGAGAGAUAUAUGGUAAAAGGCACAAAUGUAUACGGAAUCCUUCGGGCCCCCAGAGCUCCACGGACUGAAGCCCUGGUGCUCAGUGCCCCCUGCACCCCAGGCGAUAACAACAACCAGGCAGUGGGGCUGCUACUCGGCUUGGCACAGUACUUCAGGAAUCAGAUUUACUGGGCCAAGGACAUCAUCUUCCUUGUGAAUGAGCAUGAUCUGAUUGGCAUGCAGGCCUGGCUGGAGGGCUACCACCAUACCAACACUACAGGUAUGGACUGGUCCCCACUUCAAGGCCGUGGUGGUUCAAUCCAGGCAGCUCUGUCCCUGGAGCUCAGCAGUGACGUCAUCACCAGUUUGGACCUGGUACUGGAAGGCCUCAACGGCCAGCUCCCCAACCUGGAUUUAGCCAACCUCUUCUAUGCCUUCUGUCAGAAGAUAGGAGUCCUUUGCACCAUCCAGGGCAAGCUGCAGAGGAAUGACUGGGACAGUGUGUCAGGCUACAGCCAUUCAGUCCAGACCAUGAUGCUGAUGGUGAUGAAGCAGGCCAGUGGGCGGCCUUGGGGGGAUCAUGGCCUUUUCCUGCGAUAUCACAUUGAGGCUGCCACCAUCAAGGGCAUCAACAGUUUCCGUCAGUACAAGACCGACAUUACUACCAUUGGCAGGCUCCUGGAAGGAAUGUAUCGUAAGCUGAAUAACCUCCUAGAGCGCCUACACCAGUCCUACUUCUUCUACCUCAUGCCGUCCCUCUCUCACUUUGUCUCCAUUGGUUACUACAUGCCAGCCUUCGGCCUCCUCGCAGUCAUCCUGCUGCUUCGUGCCUUAGACCUGUGGGUUCAUCUUGCGAAUCCACCACAAAGAACAGAAGAUGGAAUCGUUGACACUGAGCAGCUGUCCAGUCCAGGAGUGCUGUCAGUGUUGACUCCUCUGGUGAUCAGCCAUCUGACUGGAGUAGCUCUGUACACCCUGCCAAUACAUUUUCAGGAGAUGGCUGUGGAACACUUCCCAGUGUCUGAGACCGAGGCUGUGGUCCUGACAGUUAUUGCGGUUUACACAGCAGGCCUGGCUUUGCCUCAUAACACACACAGGCUCCUGUCGGGUGAGGGGACGGAGCAGGGCUGGAGAGUGCUGAAGCUGGUAGCUGUGCUGUACCUGGCUGUGCUGCUGGGUUGCACCGCCCUCAUCAACUUCUCCCUGGGCUUCAUCCUGGCUCUCACCCUGGUGCCUGUGGCUGCCUUCGUCACACCCCACGUACCAAAGGUUCUGUCAGCCUUUAUCCUGGUCAUCCUCAGCCCAGCCUGCACACUCCUCUUUUCUGUCUUUUUCUUCCAAGAGCUGCAGGAAAUGCCUGUCAGCUUCCAGGACGGUUGGUUGCUCUACCUGUCAGUCAUCUCCCAGGGCAUCCUGGACCACUCCCUGUACGGCUCUUUGGUUUACCCACUCAUAGCCCUGCUGGUCUAUCCUUGCUGGCUGCUUUUCUGGAACAUCCUCUUCUGGAAGUAAAUGCCAGCCAUACAGGACUAAUGAAGGCUUUCAUGGUGUUCUCAGGUUUGUCUUCACUGGGGGAAAUGUGAGUGACAGUUAAAUCCACUGGAGAGAUUGGAGAAGAAGAGGAAUAUCUGUAGUUGACUUGGAAAGAAUGCAGUGACUCCCUUUUUUUGUGGACAUUUUGUUGCUAUUUCAUUCUUAAAACAUUGGAGAAAAAUCAGGUUUUCUUGAUAAACUAAGCAGAAGACUGUUUUGUACUGUACAUCUCACUUACAAAUAAUAAGCGGAAGAGGGGUCGAUCUUUUCAUAAAUGUCAUGGUUGGGUGGCUUUCUGUAAAUGAGUUUGGUUUAAGGAUUUCUUUGUGGUACAUAAGAAAAAUGACUGCACUGUUUUUUAGUUCUUUUGUUUUAUCACGCAGGAUGGUGAUGGAUGAAAUGGUUGUUGAAAUGGAAGAAACUACCUGUUAGUCUGCCUCCUUAUCUGUAUCUGUUGAACAAGCCAUCACUACAUCUAAUAUUUUUAUACUUGUUUUGAUAACUUUCUUUGAAACAUGUUUAUUUCAUAUUUAUAAAUGCCAAAUUAAAAGACUGAAAAAGA